AACAAAAUAUAUAAUAAUAAUAAAUGAAACAAUUAUAGUUUAUGUGCUGUAAUUUUAUAUUUAAUAACUGAAAAUAUUGAAUUUUUUUGUUGCUAAUUUUGUGGUAAACGCCUAGCUUUUUAUGAUUUCUUUUUUUGUGGUAUGCAACAUUUAAUAAAUAUUUCCCAGUAAAAUUUGAUGUUCGAAUCUAUGUCGGUUGGUCAGGUCCUACCUUAAGUUUUGAAUUAAACACAACAACAACAAUACAACAUAAUUUACUAAAUAACAAAUAUAAGACAAUAACAACAAAAAAAAGAAGAAAAAUAUAUAAAACAUAAACAUUAAAUUGUUGUAUAUACGAAAUCAAUGAAAGAAAAAUCUAAUAAAUUACUUGUUUUAAAUCAAACACAAUACAUUCAAGUAGAGUGCACAAGAAAAUAACAUUGGUGGGUUAACAACAAAGAAAAAAACUCACAGUGUCUAUUUUAUAUUAAAAAUAAUUACAUAAUUUUUGUAAAAAAAAAUAAACAGAAAAUUUUCCAAAAUAUUUAUAAAAGUAAAAAUUCUUUAAAAACACAUAUGGAGCCAACAACAACAAAUCUGUUUAACACAUUCUUCGCCACAUAGAAAAUAAUCCAAAUUUACGAAAAAUAAAAAAAAAAAUUGGUGUGAUUUUGUAAUUUCAUAAAAAAAUUGAUAAAUUGCCGCCUGUUGCUGUUGCACUUUUUCUUAAAUCUACAUUUUUUAUAACAUUAUGUUGCCGAGAAUAUCGUUGGUGUUGUUUAUCUUAUUUGGAUUUCUCUUUAUAACUGAUUGCCGUGAAUCCACCCGCUCGAAACGUGCCAAAAGAGUAAGAGCCCCCGAACAGGUACACUUUGAACCAGAACCUCAUCAAGAUUUAGAAAGUGAUGACAGUGGUAGUCAAGAAAAAGAUCUGCCCGAAAUACCCACCAAUUUUUUGAGUCCCUCCGUUAGGGAAUAUUUAGAAUUGGGAAAAUCAAUACCAGGACGUCCUGGUGUUGAUUAUCCCAUACUCUCUGCUAUUCCAUAUACAAACUUUUAUUGUGAUGAACAACCAUAUCCAGGAUUUUUUGCUGAUAUGGAGACCAGAUGCCAGGGCUGGCAUUAUUGUGACAUCGAUGGACGUCAGGCUUCAUUUCUUUGCCCCAAUGGCACACAAUUUUCUCAGGCCGUUUUCGUAUGUGACUGGUGGUUUAAUGUACGCUGUGAUUUAUCACCACGCCUCUAUGCCAUCAAUGCUCGUUUAUAUCAACGUCCAAAAGUGAAUCCCACCCGACCACAUCGUAUUAUAACAAAAGAAUUAGUAGAUGAUAUUUUUAAUUAAAAUUACAAAUCGCAUUCCCUUAAAAAAAAGGCGUAAACACAAUUUGAGAAGAGUGAUUGUGUGAUUUUUUUUCGGUGCUAAAUAAAUUUGCAGUUUUGUGUGUUAUAAAUUCGAAUAAUACAAAAAAAUUAAAAAAUCUUAAGAUAUAACUAUUACGUUCCAUUUCACCUCAAAUUGUGUUUACUUAGUAAUUAAAAUAAGAAAAAUGUAAAUAUUAAAAUUAAUUACAUUUAAAUAUUUUAAAAGCACAGUUGAUAAUGAAUCUAAAAUUAAGCAGACGAUAAAUUUUCAUUAUAUCAAGAUCAGCUUACUGAUCUUUACUGUUAACAAUGAUUUUAUAAAAUUUUUCAGUGGAAGUUCUGUAAGAGAGAUUAUAUAACUAAUAAGAAAAAUUGUGAACCCACCAUAAAAUCUAUAAGGGACAUUUAUUCUCGAUUCUAUCCAAUCUUUUACAGAAAGAAAGUGCAAACUUGUAAUUGAUGUUUCGCCAAUUAUAAUUACUUGUAAUUGAGAUUCACCCAUUUAAUUACUUGUAAUUUUAGUAUUUCUAAUUAAAAUUACAUGUAAUUUAAUGUGGAAAAUCACAAAACCAAGUAAUUGCAAUUGGAAAUAAUUCAAUUACAAGUAAUUGUACUUGUAAUUUGCAUAACUUCAAUUACAAUUCCAUAUGGUCCUCUUUUAUGCACCCGUUUCGCCAAUAGCAGUGAAAUUUUAAUUCCCUCGAAGAUUGAUAUCGUGAAUUUGCUGUAAACAAUGCAUUCACAAUAGUUUAUUUUCAUUGUUUCACAUCAAAAAAGUAAGUGAAAUAAAAAAGCAAAAGGAAUCAAUAUUUCAAAAUUGUGAAUUGUUCUCUGUUAUUUCUCGCGCCUUUUCUAAUCUUUCUAAAAGAAGUUUUUUUUUUUAAUUCAGAAUGGAAAAAUGGGUUUAAGUUGUUUUCUAAGAAGUGCUAAUUAUAUUACACAGUUUAAGAUGUUAUAAAAAACAUUCAAUUGAGUAUUUCUUUUUUCUUUUAUAUAUAAAAUAUUUACUAUUAAGUUAAUUUUAGUGCAAUAUUUGUGUAAAUUGAUAAAUUAAUGUAAAAUGGUGGCGCUACACCUAUUUUUCGGCAAAUCUAUAUUAUAAUAAAAUGAAAAUUUUAUUUUAUAUAACUUUAAUACUUGAUAUUUAGAUUUUUUUGUUUUAAGUUGAUAAAAAAAUAACAUACUUUGACAUUCAAAGUAAAAAUCCACGUGUUUUUGUAAAUAAAAUGUAUUAAAUUUAUAUACAAUAUUUUAAAUUCUGUAUGUAUUUUGUAAUGUGUAAUAUUAUCAUAUUAAUAAAUAAUAAAUUGUGUUCCCUUAUAAUUUAAAAACA